AUGGAAUUAAUUAUUUAUAAGCUUUAUCAGACCAUAAGGUUUGAUCAUUAAUUACUUGAACUAAUGGAAUAAAAUAUAGCUUGUUAAGCAUAUCCAGCCUUUGAAGAAAAGCAAAACAAAGAAUUACCACAAUAAUAUCAAUAUCCAAAAGAAUAACAAAAUGUUCCUGUUGGAUUUCCAAAUUAAUAAUACAUACCAAUCUAAUAAUAGUAGCCUUAUAUGAAUCCUCAAUAAGUAGUCCUAUAACCCAUAGUUAUCCAAUAAGUGAGAAGAACAAAUGCUGAAGGAUGUUCAUAUCCAACAGAUAUUUUGUGCCCUUAUUGUCAAAAACCAGUUUAGACAAUGAUUGAAUAUCAAUCAGGGUGCAGCACAUGGUUAGCCUGUAUGUUGUUGUUUUUGUUUUUCUUGCCUUUGUUCUUUUUGCCAUUUUGUUUUGAAGAAUGUUAAGAUAAGAUUCACAAAUGCCCAAAUUGUGGAAAAAGAGUUGGAAAGAAAAAAUAUAAAUUAUGUUGUUGA